AUAUAACCAAAAUUCUAAAAUAAAAAUAAAUCAAACAGUGCAUAUAUAUAUGGCGUUAGAGUGGGUGGUUGUCGGCGCGGCGGCCGGCGCAGAGGCGGUGAUGGUCAUUCUACUCACCCUUCCGGUAGGGAAUCCUCUGCGGAAGGGUCUAAUCUCCGGCACCCGCAGCCUCCUCAAACCCUUCCUCUCCGUCGUCCCCUUCUGCCUCUUCUUGAUCCUCGACAUCUACUGGAAACACGAUGCUCGCCCGAGGUGCAAGUUGACGGGGGAGGUGUGCACGGCGGCGGAGCAGCUGCGGUACCAGAAGUCGGUGGUGAAGAGCCAGCGGAAUGCGCUGCUGGUGGGCGCCGCCUUGGUGUUCUACUGGCUGCUCUACUCCGUCACCAAUAUGGUGGCGCGGAUGGAGAAGCUGAGCGAGCGAGUUGAGAAGCUCGAAAACCAGGAAUGAGUUGACCCGGUCGAGUCGAGAAUUCAAUUCUAUUAAUGUUAUGUAUCACCAAACGCUGCGUUGUUGACUCAGCUUGAGAAUUCAAUGCAAUUAAAAUCACCAAACAUUACGUCGUUGACUUUGAUGAAAUCGUGUAGAUUAA